AUGCGUUCGUCUUACCAAUCAGGGUUCAGAAAGCCCAUGGCUAUGUUUCAAGACACUCCACAAAACUAUGUUUCCUUGACAAACCAGACAUCAUCACUCGCAGCCCAUGGGGUCCACGUCUUGACGAUCAAAGGUCGGGGUUUGCGAACAGGGAAGGUCGUAAUGGCCUUCCUCUGUCACGAUGCUUCAGACUGGGUUUUUUGGUUUGUAGAACAACGCUGUAGAAGCAGUUCAGCCCUGUCGGAGUGCCAGCAUUACAUCUCAUCUCAUGCCCGAUGA